UUGUAAGGAGAUAAACGCAGCAGCAUGUUCAAUAGUAAAAUGCCCACCUGUGUUUUAGAAAGUUUUCUCAAAAUGCACAGAACUGUUUUUACGAGUGCAGAGCGCCAAGCAUGGUUAACUUAUAUCCGACUGCAGUUCAGCUUGGCGGAAUGUGCAUCCUUACACGUCCUAAUGGAGCGCCACGGUCUUCAGUAUUUUGGUACUGAUCUGUCCAAGGAUAAAGGGAUUAGGAAAGAACAGAAGGCUUUGCAACCAUGGUUACCAUCCAACUUUUCACUUCAGUGGUCCUCUACCUCCACUACAACGUUUUCUCAGUAACAGCAUGGUCCGUAAACAACUUCCUCAUGACGGGACCAAAGGCGUUCCUGACCUACUCCAGUAGUGUGCAGGUGGGCGCGCACAGUGGCAUUGCGGAAUGUAAACACCAGUUUGCUUGGGAUCGAUGGAACUGUCCGGAAAGUGCUCUCCAGCUGUCCACUCACAACGGGCUAAGAAGCGCUACAAGAGAAACCUCCUUCGUCCACGCCAUCAGUUCCGCUGGUGUGAUGUACACUUUAACUAGAAACUGCAGUAUGGGGGAUUUCGAAAACUGUGGCUGUGAUGAUUCAAGAAAUGGAAAAAUCGGCGGUAAAGGCUGGAUUUGGGGAGGCUGCAGCGAUAACGUAGAGUUUGGAGAACGAAUUUCCAAACAAUACGUGGAUGAUUUGGAGACUGGGCAAGAUUCGAGAGCCGCUGUGAACCUACACAACAACGAGGCAGGCAGAAUGGCUGUAAAAGCGACAAUGAAGAGAUCCUGCAAGUGUCACGGAGUGUCUGGGAGCUGCAGCAUUCAAACCUGCUGGCUCCACCUGUCCGAGUUCAGAGAAAUCGGGAACUACCUCAAAUUAAAGCACGACCAGGCCCAGAAACUGGAUAUGGACAAGAGGAGAAUGCGCGCAGGGAACAGCGCCGACAACAGAGCGGCGAUCGCAGAAGCUUUCAGCACCAUAGCGCGGACAGAGCUCAUCUAUUUUGAGGAAUCCCCGGAUUAUUGCAUGAAGAAUGUCAGCCUCGGGUUCUACGGCACGGAGGGUAGGGAGUGUCUACAAAGUGCCAGGAACUUGUCCCAAUGGGAAAGACGAAGCUGCAGGAGGCUGUGCCAUGAAUGUGGACAUAAAGUGGAAGAGAGAAGAACUGAAAUCAUCAGCAGCUGCAACUGCAAAUUCCAUUGGUGCUGCACUGUGAAAUGUGAGCAGUGCAAGCAGGUUGUCACCAAACACUUUUGCUCCAGGAAAGAGAGAAGUGGCGCCCAACUUAACAACACUAAACGCAGAAACCGUAACCACAGAAGAUGAGAAAACGAGCCACGAACAUUUUUAAUACUAUACAUAUAAAACGUACUUAAUAUUAUUGUAAAGGGUUAUUUAUAAUUCAUGCUGUCGACAGUGGUUUGUGAUGUCCUAUCCGUUACCGUACUUAUGUGGGUCACGUUUGCCUCUUUCUGUGAAAGCGGUAAAGAAUAAUGUAAAUAGAUGUUUGACACUGAUUUGUAGGUGUUUUCCAAUCAAAUUAUUUCAACGCACUUUUAGUUUUGCAAUUGUAAAUUUCACGUAGUUGUUGGACCUUUUGUUGUUGUUCUGGAUUUUAGUAUUUGCACAGCCACAGUUUUCUUCAUGUUAAAGUAUCCUCACGAAUUCACAUAGACCCACGGUGCCGACCUGUUUUUUUGGGGGGGGGAAUUCUGUCGAGAGCAUCUUGAUUUUAACAGUUCAUUAAGACAGUCUGAUUUUAAAAGAGCGAACUGAAAGACCGGUGUAUACUAGGGUGAUGUUUUUUGUAACCUGAGCUUUAUAUUAAAUAUUUCUAAAAGUU